AUGGCUCCUUCACGAAAGUCUAUUUCAACACGAAGUGCUACAUCAGCUGCUACUAAUACUACACAACGUCCUCAAAACUUUGAUGAUAAUCUUGAUGAAGAACCAAUUGUAAGUCAAAAUGUAACACAUGUAUCAUUAGAAGAAAUUGAUGAAGAUUCAAAUUCAAGCAAUAAUGUUGCAUUAGUUCCAGAAGAUGAUAAUACCAAUUCAACUAAUCAAAGUGGAGGAACAAAACUUCGAUCUAAUGUUUGGGGUUUUGCACAAAAAAUUACGAAAAAUAAGGCUUACUGUCCUAAAUGCAAAAUAUAUAUUAAAACAAUUAAUGGUGGAACUUCGACAUUGCGAAAGCAUUUAUUAUUAAACCACGAUUUAGUUCAACUGCAAUUAGCAUCUCAACCACGUAACAAACCAACUAAUUCAAUUCCACGGGAAAAAAAACAACGUCUUGAUCAUUUGGCUAAUCUUGCAAUUUUUGAAGAUGGAAGAACUUUCGGUGAUUUUCGGAAAAGUGGCAUAUCGAAAUUUAUAACCGAAGGAAUACCAGACAAUUCAAAUAAUAAUGAUGACGAUGAUGAUGAUGAUGAUGAGGAAAAUCGGGAUUUAAUUAUGGAUACAUGGAAUGAUGAAGUAAUUACUGGUGAUGAUUAUAAUAGAAAUGAUGAUAAUGAUGAUAACGACCAGAAUAUUGCUAUUAGCCAAAUACAAUUAGCUAAAACAAUUCAGAAAGGUCGUUCUUUGAUUAAACUGAUCAAACGAUCACAAAUUAUUAUGAUGUACAUCAAUAAUGAAAAGAAAUUAUCCAAGGUGCAACGUCGAUUAACUACAGAUUGUAUGAGUCGAUGGAAUUCGACAUUUUUAUCGUUACAAAGAUUAUUAGAACAUAAACCAAUUUUAAAUAGCCUGUUCGAAAACAAAGGAAAAUUACCACUUACUAAUAAACAAAAAGAAAAGUUGGGCCUAUCGGAAUUAUCCAGUGAUGAUUAUAUGAUAUUUACUGAUCUAUUGAAAAUUUUCGAACCAUUUGAUGAUGCUACAAAAUUAUUAAGUGCUUCAAAAUAUCCUACCAUUGGAUUAUGUUUGUAUGUUACUCGUUUUAUGAAGGAUUUUCUUGAAACAGAAGGAGAAGAUGAUUCCAACAUUUUAAUUACUUUAAAAUCAUUCGUUCUUGAAUCAUUCAACAAGUAUUUCGAUGAAAAAAAUCAUCAACAUUUUCUAUUAACAUUAUAUGGAUACCUAGAUCCAUAUGGCUAUUCGUCACUUUUACCAAACGAAAGAUCAAAAGUUGAACGAUUUUUGAAACAAAAAUAUAAAGAUCAAACUAAAUCUCAAGCACCAACAACAACAACAACAACAGCAUCUUCAUCUACAUCUACUUCAUCUACAACAUCAACAAGUGGAUAUUCAUCUGUUCAAAAACCAACUCUUUUAGAAAAAUUUCUUAAAUCAGUUGGAAAAUCUGUACCAUCUCGAAAUCUUGUUGCAAAAACAAUAUCAGAAGAAAUUGGUCUGUAUGGUAACUUAUGCAAAUCUGAACCAUUACAAGAUUGUGUUACAUUUUGGCGUAAUCAUGGACAAAAAAUGCCAAUAUUAAAAACUAUGGCUCAACAAUAUUUGGCUACUCCUGGGACGAGUGUACCGUCCGAGUCAGCUUUUAGUACUUCUUCCUAUAUAGGAAGAAAAGAGAGAUCUAGAUUAAGUCCAGAAAAUCUUUGUUACACUGUAUUUUUACAGGAUAAACUACGAUCAUCUUAA